AUGAAAAGUAGCCGCCGUCUAUCACACUACAUUUCUCUGGCAUCAAGUGCAUCAUAUAGAUAUGCCAGCGGAACUUAUUUGCUGGAAGGCUCAGAGCUAAUACACGAAUUCGUUUCACAAAACUCGCCCGUUCACGUCAAGUCGCUGUGCAUGAGUAGAGACUUUCACUUGAAUAAACUUCCCAACCUCGCUGGCGAAAGAAAAGCCGCUUUGGAAAGUGUUUUGGCAAACUUUGCUGCAAACGAUCCGGCAUAUUUGAAGUCGUAUCAAAUUAACAGAAUCACAGAUAGCAAUUCUGAGGGCAUAGUAGCUGAGAUUGAAAUGAUCGACCACAAAUUUCCAAAGAAAAAUAUACUUAUCCUUGAUGGAAUCAGAAACCCUGGAAACAUGGGGGCGCUCCUAAGAUCCGCCGUGUAUUUCAAUUGGGAUACGGUGGUCGUGAUUCCAGAAGCAGCGGAUCCAUUUGGGGUUGCCUGUGUAAGGGCCGCCAGAAACGCACAAUCUUAUGUUGGGAUUGAAACUAUCAAGCCCGAAGGUCUUGAAGAAAUAUUUUCGCCCGAUAGAACGCUUUUUUUAGCGAUUCCCAGCCCGGUUGAGCGGUUGAAUUUGAACGAGUAUGGCGACCUAAUGAAGGCCGGCAGCAAGGUGCUGAUAUUGGGCUCUGAGUCGCAUGGAAUUUCCGAAAAGCUCCGAAACCACUGCAGAGAAGCAAAAAACGUCUACGAGGUGAAUGUGUUAAAUUUAAAUCCAAAACAAAUGGAGUCUUUAAAUGUCUCAAUAGCAGGGUCCAUAUUAAUGUCCAAAUUGCAGGACCUUAAUGCUAAUGAGGCGGUUCAAAUUUCGAAAUUAAACCGGUCAAAUGUUUAA